CCCGGCUUACGGCCCGAUCGGAAAGUCACGCGAUGGCGGGCCCAAAUACGCGUCCAGCACCUUGGGAGUUGGAACCAUGGCGUCGUCAUCACUUGCGAUGGUGCUGGCUGCAGUCAUCAUCUAUGUCUCACUAGCCAAUGCUCUGGUCGACUUGACAGCUCUUGGGCCUCAAGGCAUAAACCUCUGGAAGUUGCAGCAGCAACAGCAGACGGCAAAGGCAUCUUUCACGGUUCAGAAUCCGGCCAAUAGAGUUGUUGAGGAAUUCCCUGUGCAAUGGUUCCAGCAACCCUUGGAUCACUUUGACAAUACUUUCGGUCAUACUUUCGGUCAGCGAUACUGGGUCAAUAAACGGCAUUACGAUCCAGGGACGGGUGGACCUGUAAUCGUAUUGGACGGUGGGGAAACCAGUGGCGAGGACAGACUCCCGUUCCUUGACACUGGCAUUGUCGAGAUUCUGGCAAGGGCCACUGGAGGCCUCGGUGUUGUGCUCGAGCAUCGCUACUAUGGAGACUCCGUCGCGGUGGAGAACUUGACCACGGACUCACUGAGAUGGCUGAACAACGAACAAGCUGCGGCUGAUAGCGCCAAUUUCAUGGCCAACGUGAAGUUUGACGGUAUUGAUGAAGACCUAACAGCGCCCGGCACACCUUGGAUUUACUACGGCGGAUCGUACGCAGGUGCAAGGGCCGCUCAUAUGAAAGUGUUGUACCCUGAGUUGGUUUUCGGUGCUAUUGCGUCUAGCGGUGUAACACACGCCACCAUCGUCUACUGGGAAUAUUGGGAUCUCAUCCGUCAAGUUGCCGGACCCAAGUGCUCCUAUCAUAUCCAAAAGUCCAUUGCAACUAUCGACAGACUGUUGUCCAAUAAACUGCUUGCUCAUCCACUUAAAGCGCUAUUUGGCCUCUCGGACUUGCAGCACGAUGUUGAUUUUGUCUCAUUGCUUGAGACACCGCUCGGGUAUUGGCAGGCAAAAUGCUGGGAUCCGGCAUAUGGCAGUAAUGUAUUUGACGAGUUUUGUGACGCGUUGAACAAGCCACCGUUCGGUUUUUUGACGGCUGACGUGGCUGAUCUAGACUUUGAGCAUCCCGACCGAAUGAUCUCGCUUCCUGGAGGCUUAUCCCUGGAUUUUUCGAUUGUCAACUAUGCAAAUUGGACUAGGCAGAAUGUCGUCUCUACGUGCUCUGAGAAUUCCACUCAAGAAGAGUGUUUCGGUACUUUCAACGACACUCGUUAUGCUGCAACGACUUUGGACCAGACAUGGCGGUUAUGGCAAUUCCAAGUAUGCACGCAGUGGGGCUUUUUCAUGACCGCACCUCCACCAGGCUACCCUCGCAUUGUUUCCAACUUGAUAACAUUAGAUUAUGAGUCGAAGAUAUGCAAGCAGGCAUUCCCGCCUGGCAAGUACUUCACUGUGCCACCUCUGCCCAAUGUCACGGCUGUCAACGUUCUCGGAGGCUUUGAUAUCGCGGCCGACCGUCUGGCAAUCAUUGAUGGUCAAGAUGAUCCCUGGAGACCUGCGACGCCUCACAGUCAAUAUGCGAUAGACCGUGACGACACUGUGCUACGUCCUUUUAAGUUGAUUCCCCAUGCUGUACAUCACUACGAUGAGUGGGGGUACAAGAAUUUGAGUACCGAGCCUCCCAAUAUUCGAAAGAUCCACGGAGAAGAGAUUGUCUUCGUCAUGGAGUGGUUGAAGGAUUGGACACCGCCCUAAAAGACCAAUGAAACUUACUGGUUCCGUUACAGCUAUAGGAGUAGCUGUUACGACCCUCGCGACUCUGAAACUGGACACCGUCGCUGUGUGUAUAUAAUGUUUGUGAUAAUCAGCAUUGUAAAGUUCCUG